UCCCGAGGCCCGGCAGCGGCUGCUGCUGCUGCUGGGUGGUGGGGGGUCCGCAGGGCCCUGGGGGUCCCGAGCUGGUGCCACGUGUCCCCGGGGGAGCCAGGCUGGGACCUCGCAGCAUCUUUCAAGAAUCAUGGCGUCUAAAGCUGCGACCCCCACUGCAGACUCAGGCCCUAUUUCUCCAUCACCUUCCGGGGCUGCCCAGCUGGAUUCGGGUGAGGAUUUUGAGGUCCUAGAUGGAACUGAAGAGGAAGAGGAGGGUGAUGAUGAUGACCUGAGUGAGCUGCCCCCCUUGGAGGAUCUGGGAACAGCCCAAAAUGAGGGACCCACAGAGCCUCAGCCUACAACAUCUGAAGAGACGGGGCCUUCAAGCCCCCUCCAGGAAGAGUGGAUGGAUAUUUUGGGUAAUGGACUGCUUAGAAAGAAGAUUCUAGUAGCUGCCCCGCCCGGGGCCGAGCGGCCCAGCAAAGGCCAGGAUGUGACAGUGCAGUUGAAGGUCUCACUUGAGGAUGGUGGAACCCAGGUGGAGAAGCAGCCAAGCCUCACCUUCACCCUAGGAGACUGUGACUUUCUCCAGGCUUUGGAUCUGAGUGUGCAGCUCAUGAAUGUGGGUGAAACGGCCCUGAUCAUUGCAGAUGCCAAAUACUGCUAUGGAUCUCAUGGCAGAAGUCCUGCCAUCCCUCCCAACUCAACCCUUCACCUCGAGGUGGCUCUGCAGACAGCCAUGGACGGGCCUGACUUGGAGCUGCUGAGUGGGCGAGAGCGAGUAGCCCUGGCUGACCGCAAGCGGGAAUGUGGGAAUGCCCACUACCAGAGGGCCGACUUUGUCCUGGCUGCCAACUCCUACGACCUGGCGCUCAAGGUCAUCAGUGCCAACUCCAAAGUUGAUGUGAGCCCAGAGGAGGAGGCAGAAUUGUUGGAGCUGAAGGUAAAAUGUCUGAACAACCUGGCUGCCUCACAGCUCAAGCUGGACCACUACAGUGCAGCGUUGAACUCCUGCAGCCUGGCACUCAGCCACCAGCCAGAUAACAUCAAGGCCCUGUUCCGGAAGGGCAAGGUGCUGGCACAGCAAGGUGAGUAUGCUGAGGCCAUCCCCAUCCUGAGAGCUGCCCUCAAGCUGGAACCUUCCAACAAGACUAUUCAUGCGGAGCUCUCAAAGCUGGUGAAAAAGCAUGCCGCCCAGAGGCACACAGAGACUGCCAUGUACAAGAAGAUGCUUGGCACUGCUGGUGCCAGUGGACUGCCUGCCAAGGGCCCCGCCAAGGGCCCCCGGUCCAUUCCGUGGAAAUGGCUCUUUGGGGCAACAGCUGUAGCCCUCGGGGGUGUGGCUCUGUCUGUGGUCAUCGCUGCCAGAAAUUGAAAGCCUGGACAGACGGAUGCUGCCUACUGCCUGCCUGGGCUCCCCUGCACCUUCCAGCCCCAGGCCUGCAUCUUCCCUGUCCCUUUCCUGUCCCAAAGCCUGACCUGCCCCGCUCACAUACCACCUGGGCGGUAACCUCGAAUGAGGUCAGUCCCUAGGAAUGAAUGAAGAGUCUGGACCACCCAGUUGGGGGCACCUGUCUCCCUCCCUCUUCAGUCCUCCCCACCAGAGCUGGGCAGUUACCUGGGGGCCUGAUCUGUCUGGCAAGGACCAGCUACAAGAUUUCAUGUAGCCCCAAUGGGCAAGGGAAUGGUAAAUCAAUGGAAGCACCAGCCCAACUCUCCCGAGGAUAUCGUGGUAGAGCUCGUGGGGAUGGGCCUUAGAAGUGGGUACUUUCACAUUGCCCACGGGGAAGGGAAACUGCUAGUGUGCUCAGGCCCCGGGCCAUUGACCAGGCCUCGAGCCCUUGAGCUGGUUUAUUCCCUGAAAGUUCCCUGGCAGGAGCCCAAAGGCCCAGUGCAGACCCGAAGCACUUUCUGCCCCACUCUGGGGGGAUUUCCCCUCCUUCCCUGGGCUCAGCCUCAGGAUUGCCUGGCACAGGGCUGGGACACAUCUGUGGACAGGGAAUUGGCUUAUAUUAAGUGGGAGGAGAAUGUGCCCCCUUGCCUUGGCAGAAGCAUCUUCGUGUGCCCAUUCCCUUUGCCCAAUCCUUGCUGCCCCCUGUCUGCAGUGAGCGCAGCCCUCUUCUCACCCCCCACGUUUGAGUUUACUGGACCCAGGUAUGGAGCCUCCUGCUGUCUAAUGGGAAAGUUAGGAAAUAAAGUGCCCAACCUGGUCGAUUC